AUGAUUCCUUCCUUACUUUCUGAAAAUGUUUUAGGGUUUUUAGGUCCAUUAGUCUCUGAAGAUCAUUUAGAGAAAUGUGUGAAGUUUUUUCCCUGUUAUCAUACUACCAAACGCAUAGCCAACAAAAUCGUUUCCUCCAGAAAUAAUGAGGAUUCAGUCCAAAGAGAGGCUUUUCAACUGGAUUUUAUCACUGAUAGUUUCAGACCCUUUCGGUCUUGUCCAACUCUAGACAAAUCCUAUCUAGCUUGGUUAACGAAAGUUGAGAAAAAGAAAGCUUCAUUUUCGAAAGAAUUGGGUAUUUUUGACCUGAUUCAGAUGUCGAAGCUGGGGUUUAGUUACUGCCAGCCUUUAUUAUUAUCCAGCCUAUAUUUCUGGGAUAGCACAUAUAACACCUUUCACCUCCCUUGUGGAAUGAUGACUCCUACGCUUUUCGACGUAGCUGCCAUUUCUGGACUUUCUCCGACAGGAGAAACCUUCGACCCCUACCAAGACUGCGAAAACUUGAUUGACUUCAACGUCAAGAAUGCUUCGUUCAGUACUUAUAUUAAUUUGUAUCACGCUGAUGGGAAAGAAGUUUCUGACAUAGAACAUAUAUCAUUCUUAGGUCUAUGGUUGUCCAAGUUCUUCUUUUGUUGUAAAUCUCUGCAAGUUGCAAAGAGAUUUUUAACACUCACUAACCAAUUGCAUGUUGGUCGAAGAGUGUGUUUAAGUGAACUCUUAUUGGCUAGUUUGUAUGAAAGUCUAGGAUCGGCUAGUGCCAAGUUAAAGGAGUAUGAAGCUGGUACCAACUUAUUACUAUCUGGGCCUUAUUGGCUUCUUCAAUUGUGGCUCAAUGCCACUUUCGAAUCCUUUUUGCCAACACAAGGAAACGUUGAUGAAAGUGCCCCAGAGAUAAUAAAUCGAAGCAUUAAGGGCACCAGACUUCUUCAACUGACCCCAGUUGAUGAUGUUGACAUCUUACAAACUUCCCUCGCCAAAUACACCUUGAUGUUCUCGAAGCGUCACCAUUUCUUUCCUUUGAUGGCCCCUUUUUCCAGUCGAACCCAUGGUUCUUCCUGGUUCACUGCUUUGCUCGAAGAUGCUGUGAAGAACACCAACACAAAGAUCGAAGAUAUAUGGCGUGCCUUUCUCUUCCCAAGGCUGCUUGUUUCUAGGAUCCUACCAGUAAAGAGCCAUGUGUGUCUGUUGGCUUAUCAACCUAAUUUUGUCUCUCGACAAUUUGGGUUGUGUCAACUUAUUCCUGUUUCUUUAUUCAAUCGAAAGCGCGAGAUCUGA